CUUCUCCUCGCCGCUCAACAGCACGCACCUACCUCCCCACACCAAGCUGAAUGUGUUCCGACUAGCAUGAUCGACUUGGACUACCUCCCUCACGUGCACGAUCAGAUCGUGCAGAACGCCUCGCCAGAGGUCCUAAUGAAGCUGCGCCAAGUCACGCGCAAGCUACGCAUCAUGUCCGACGAGCGCCUUUUUGAGCACGUCGAGAUUGAGAUCACACUCGACGGUGUGGUGCUGGUCCACCCCUUCGGUUGCGCUGGGUUCGAGUGGAUGCGCCUUGACUACGAGAUCGCGGGCGACCCGGCGAAGCAUGAUCAGCCGACUAAGGUUCUCGCCUACUCCGAUCCCGAGACGUGCACGCCUGCGAGCAUGGGCUUACGUUCGUACAUGCAGCGGCUGAUGGAGCGGGCGCGUGUGGUUGAUAUCCGCAUGGAGCCUGAACAGCGCGACUUCAACAGGCGCAAGUUCGCCACUCUUCCCCUCCAGCAGGCCAUCCGCCGGCUCAACGCCACCAUUCGGCUCUUCCGCCCGACAUCUGGAUACUGCGACAUGUCGUCCGACGACUACCUGCAUCCCGACCUCGUCUUCCCGGACAGUCAAAGCCCCCUCGACUCGCACCUCGUGAUAUGCCCAUUCUUUAUCGGAGCCAACCGACUGACCACUCUUCCUGCCUACGGAAAGUUCAUCGCGGAGCUGCUCCAUUUCACAUUUAUCGGCGGCCGCGACAAGGGCGAGCACAACUUCGGCCAGCGCAAGACUAUCCUGCACUUCCUCGACUCCGAGGUCUGCACCUGCCCCGGCAGUGAACCGAGUGCGGACCCCUGGACGCGCCGCCUCUCUGUCUACCGGCCCCUUGACGCGAAUGCGGCGGCCGAGGGCUGUAAACCGACUGCCGAGAGCUCCGACUCGAACUUUGACGCAAACCAGGCCUCUAGCAUCGUCGGGGGCCCACUUCCUCGUCGUCGAGCUGAAAUUACGAUUGUCGGCGGUACCGAGCUGUUCCGCGAGACUUUUGGGCUCGCUCAUGGCAGCGACGAGGCGAUCUGCCAGCAGCUAGAUGCGAUUGCUAGGGGCUUCCUCUACUGGCUGCCUGAGUAUCGGAUUGACCUGGAGGACGUUGGCUUGCUUUCUAUCGUGACACCGAUUAUCCGCUUCGUUACCCCUGCGGCGUACGUCCAGGAAGUCGGGGCGGAGCAAUUCGCGCUGGAAACCCAGUUCAACCCGUACAACGAUCCAGCUCCCUGCUAUCGUUUGUAGAGCGAUGGCAGUAGUUAGUAGGAGCAACUUGAAGCUCAGCAUGUAAGAAUUGCG